AAAAAAAAAAAAAAAAAAGGGAGCUGUAGAGAGAGAGAGAGAGAGAGAGAGAGAGAGAGAGAGAGAGAGAGAGAGGAGGUAGAGCAAGGGCAACAGCCACACAGACGAGAGGGGAAAGAGAGAGAGAGAGGAGCGGAGUUAAUGGAGAGGGCUCUACAACUGCGCACAAACACAGAUUUGAUCAGUGAGUUUAACUUGCUGGUGCUGGUCAGUGCGCAGUGAAGCCAUCCGCUGCAAACCAGCCGCGCGCCCGCAGCCCCAAACUUGUUGAGCCGGGCUUAAACAUUUGUUUUUUUCGCCUGAGAGGAGCAAGUUCAGGAACUCUGCGUUGGAUUCCAUUUUGGACGUAUUUAUAUGACAACACCUUUGUUGCAUUUGUAAUGUGGGGGUGAUCGGAAGCGAGCGCGGAACCUGUGGAUUUAACACACACAAAAAACACGCACGGAUUUGGGACUGAUUCUUUUCUUAUCUUGUGACUUGUUUGCAUGAACUCUGACUGACGAAGAAGAAACAAAAACAAAAAUUUAAAAAAGCGAGAGAAAGCGAUGGAAGUAAGUGCGGAUCAGCCACGAUGGAUGAGCCAUCAUCCCGCGGUGCUGAACGAGCAGCAUCCCGGCUCACAUCACCCGGGCCUCGGCCACUCGUACAUGGACCAUUCGCAGUAUCAGCUGGCUGACGAUGUGGAUGUACUCUUUAAUAUCGAUGGACAGGGGAACCACGUCUCUCCGUACUAUGGAAACUCUGUCCGCGCCGUCCAGAGGUACCCUCCUCCUCCGCACAGUAGCCAGGUGUGCCGUCCCUCGUUACUGCACGGCUCCCUGCCCUGGCUGGAGGGGAGCAAAGGCAUCGCGCCGCACCACAGCACUUCCCCCUGGAACCUGAGCCCCUUCCCCAAGAACCCCCUGCACCACGGCUCCCCGGCCGGCCUGUCCGUCUACCCCCCGGCCUCCUCCUCCUCACUGUCCACCGGUCACACCAGCCCGCACCUCUUCACGUUCCCCCCGACCCCGCCGAAAGACGUGUCCCCGGACCCGGGCAUCUCCACCCCGGGCCCCAGCAGCAGCUCCGGGCGGCAGGAGGACAAGGAGUGCAUAAAGUACCAGGUGACCCUGGCCGAGAGUAUGAAACUGGAGUCGACUCACAGCCGGAGCGUGGCAUCAAUCGGCGCAGGGUCAUCCUCUGCCCACCACCCCAUCGCCACAUACCCUCCCUAUGUCCCCGAAUACGGCCCCGGCCUCUUCCCACCGAGUAGCCUGAUAGGUGGGUCAUCUUCUAGUUAUGGUUCCAAAACGAGACCAAAAUCAAGGUCCUAUUCAGGUAGGCGUGCGCUUUUAUUACAUAUCAUUUUUUUAAUCUAACAUCAUUCCCCAGAUUUGCAGCCUUAAUGAU